AUUAGGACAAGAUUGGUGGAUUGUGGGAGUAAUAUUCCCAAAUAUCCCACUCCCACAUUCGUAUAUUUCAAAUAAAUGCCAAAUUAGGGGGAAAAAAAAGAAGAGGACGAAAACAGAGGCCUCUGGAAAGCACUGGCAAGUUCUAGACUUCAUCAUUUCUGGAACUCGCACGAGACCACCGGAAUUUUCCUCUCGCACUAUAAAUGAACCUCCUUCUUCACCGAAUUCCCCAUCAACCAAUUCCAGUGAUACAUCCCAAUUUCUCAGCAAUCAAACAAUCGCACAUUUUAAUUCUCUUCAGUAGAAAGCUAAAAAUGUCUCUGAUUCCGAGCUUCUUCGGCAACCGCCGCAGCAACGUCUUCGACCCAUUCUCCCUCGAUAUUUGGGAUCCCUUCGAGGGGUUUCCUCUCUCCAGCGCCGUCGCCAACUUCCCCUCCUCCGCCCGUGAAACGACCGCGGUGGCCAACGCCCGCAUCGAUUGGAAAGAGACGCCGGAGGCUCAUGUGUUCAACGUGGAUGUUCCCGGAUUGAAGAAAGAGGAAGUUAAGGUGGAGGUCGAAGAUGGUGGAAUUCUGCAAAUCAGUGGAGAGAGAAGCAAGGAGCAGGAGGAGAAGAAUGAUAAGUGGCACCGCGUGGAGAGGAGCAGCGGGAAGUUCCUCCGCCGCUUCAGGCUGCCGGAGAAUGCGAAGCUGGAGCAGGUGAAGGCGGCGAUGGAGAAUGGGGUGCUGACAGUGACGGUGCCUAAAGAGGAAGUGAAGAAGCCAGAAGUCAAGGCCAUUGAUAUCUCUGGUUAAUUUGUAUUUUGUGAAGAACUUUGUGUAAUAUGACUGUAAAACUAUGAUCAAGGGGAGUUGUGUCAGAUUAAUAAUUAAAUAAAAAGUGUUUUUCUUUAUUAAUUUUCA